UGCAACUUUUUAAUUUCAGAAAACAACUUUUGUCUUUUAAAAAUUCCUGCCAAACUGGUCCUAAGAUAUUCAUAUGGAAGAAAAGCGGAUUGCUUCUUAUGCUUUAGGUCUUAUAUCUACCCAUUAUGUACUGGAAAAAAUACUACAAUAUUAUAUAUAGAGUGAGGUAUAUUCCUUGAGGCUUAAACUAAUCUCGCUUCUCAAAUAAGCAUAUUUUGAGGGGAGAGGGGAAUGGAGUUUACUCAAGAGAAUAUGUUAGAUGAGUUAAUAGCUCCAAAGAGAGACAGUUGGACCAGUUUCCCAACUGAAAUGAAUGAGUUCCUUCCAUAUGGUUGGAACUUUUCACCAUUUGAUCAAACCCCAGAUUUGGUGGCAUCGAAUCCUUCACUUUUGGGACUCAUUUCACCACAAGAAUUCAGUUAUUCUUAUCCUGUGGGAGGAUCCCAACCUUUUCUUGAUACUUUCUUGGCGCCCGAGUUGGAGUCGUUCUACCAAAAUAAUCGUACUGCACUAACUGCAGAUACUGAAAAUGGAGAGUUUGGGUUUCUUGGCAAUGGUUUCGAAGAAGGAAUGAGUAGCUAUAGUAGUGUUGACAUAUCACAAACUCGAGCAAACAUGGCUGUUUCUAACAUAGGUCUGUGUAGAGAGAGAAAGGGCAAAGGUAAAAAGAUUGAUGGCCAACCCUCAAAAAAUCUAUUGGCAGAAAGAAGGAGAAGAAAGCGACUCAAUGAUCGACUUUCCAUGCUUCGAUCAAUUGUCCCAAAGAUCAGCAAGAUGGAUAGAACAUCCAUACUUGGAGACACCAUAGAUUAUAUGAAAGAGCUUCUUGGUAAAAUCAACAAGUUGAGGGAAGAGGGGAAGGAUGAGAAUCUGAAUCAGAUGGCAAACUUAGAAGAUCUAAAGCCAAAAGAAAUACAAGUGAGAAACCACCCUAAGUUUGAAGUAGAAAAGACAGAUCAAGAUACCCGAAUCGAGAUAUGUUGUGCAGCAAAUCCAGGGUUGCUGCUAUCAACAAUCAGAGAGCUAGAAUCAAUGGGACUUGACAUUCAACAAUGUGUUAUAAGCUGUUUCAAUGAUUUUUCACUGCAAGCUACAUGUUGCGAGGCAGCCGGGCAUCGAUUGAUUAUUAGUCCGGAAGGUGUAAAGCAAGAAUUGUUUAGAAAUGCGGGCUUUGGAGGAAGACUCUUAUAAGUUUUUUGGAUGGAAAAUAGAUCUGAAAGCUAAAAGAACUGGAUUUAUGUAUGUUCUUGGCAAUCAAUUCCUUUAUGCUUUCAUAAUAUUGGAUUUUAAUUAUUGGAUUAGACUUACAUCAA